AUGGUGCCCAUGGCAGCCCACACAACGGAAGCAGACCCCGAUGCCAACCCCAGCAACAAGAAUGCAUUUUUCUCAAACAAGGGCAAAGUAGCAGGCACCUUCACCGCAGUGGGGGUAGUUGUGUUGGGGAUUGUCUCCUUGUUGCUCUAUUGCUGCUGCUGCUUUGGCGGCAGUAAGCGAAAUGAAGAUAAUGACGGCUACACCGAUGAAGAAAACCAGUACAGCUCAGACGAAGUCUCGAUGCAUCAUGAUGAGAAAAUCAUUGCGCGUCCACCUGCGAUCCAUAGUAAGCACUCAUCAUUUAGCAGCGUUGUCCUCAAGCGCGACAAUUCGUUUUCUGGCCGCAGCUUGUUGAGUUACUUUACCAGCGACAAGGAUGGCGGUGAAUCUCAUGUGAGAUUCAGCAAUAAUGGCCACAAGGGCCCCACUGGCAGCACGGGUGGCGCUGGAAUCAAUCGUAAUUUAUCGAGAAAACGGUUAAUGAGCAGGCGGAACAGCACCAGAGAUCUCAGUACUGGUUCCGGUAGUAUUGGAGAUGGCGAUAUUAUGUUCCCCAUUGGUGAAUUUGAUACUCAUUGGGACCCAAACAACAUGUUUAUGGAUUAUACCCAGUCAUUCCGGUCUAUAAAUGAUGAUCAUGACUAUUCAAGGAAAUUAAAAGUGACCAACCCAGAUGAUGAAUCAUGUUAG